AUGGGCAUACGACCCUCGCACCUUCCAACAUUACAGAAGGAACUGGCCAAACGGGUUGCCAUUUUCUUCUUCGGGAUGUUCUCGGGAAAUGCCCUGUCACCCAUUCUCGCGUCUGGGAUCAUCCAGCUGGAUGGACGGCGGGGACUCUCCGGGUGGCAAUGGAUCUUUUCAAUUGAAGGCGUCUUCACAAUCUCGGUUGGCCUGUCACUCCUCUUCAUCCUGCCCGGCUCGCCAGACCUACCCGCACCGCUCCUAUCCCGAGGCCUGACCCGCAUCUCCCCAGCAGACCAGUACAUCCUGCAACAGCGCCUGCUCACCGACGGCGGCCACGAACAGACGAGCAGCCAAGGCCUCCACAUCCCGUGGAGGCUCGUCCGCAAGACCCUCCUGCACUACAAGCGCUGGCCGCACUACCUCUCGACCUCGGUGGUCUUCUCGACCUGGUCCCCUCUGACGGCCUACACCCCGUCCGUCUACCUCUCCCUCGGCUUCAGCCGCGUCGCCGCCAACGCCCUCGCAACAGUCGGCGCCGCCGCGACAUUGCCAAUUGUGUUCCUCUUCGCGUGGCUGAGCGACCGCACGGGAGCGCGGGGUACCUGCGUCAUCGCCGCGCAGUCAUGCUAUCUCGUCGCGCUGAUCACGGCGCCCUCGGUCCAGGACGCUGGCGUCGGGGUGUGGCAGCGGUGGGCGCUCUGGACCGUCGUCAACGCCUUCGCGGUCGGGUACCAUCCGCUCAACUGCGAGGGCCCGCGCGAGCGGAGCAUAGCUAUUGCGAUGUGGGUCAUGUUUGCUAUCGGGGGGCUCAUGUACGGCUCGCAGUACUUCCAGGGCGACGACCGGCCCUUCUACCGCAACGGCCUGCGUACCAUGAUCAUUCUUGUGUCGAUCGGAAUCGUGCUUGCUUUGGUGCAGGAGCUUGUGUACUGGCUGCACAACAGGAGGGUCAAACAUGGCACGGCUACGGUUAUAGAUGGAGAAGAGAAGCCAUGUUCUUUGAGCCUAAAGUUGGAAUCAUCUGAUGAAUAUAUGUUGAGAUUAGUAAGGGACUUUGUCUUUGAUCUCGAGCCUAGAACUUCUAACGAAACCUCGUAG